CGCAGGCGUUCACGGGCCACAGGAUCUCCCCCGAGCGGAUGUACCACAUCUGGGAAAAGCUCAACCCGAACGGCAUCACUAGCCCUGCUUCGACUUCUGAGAGCCGCACCCUGAGGGAGACGCCCUCCCCGUCGGCGGCUGAAGUGACAGCACUGCAGGUCCACUAUUUAGCCGUGGUGUACAAACGACCGAAUAUGAAGUUCGUAUUUUCCGACAGCUACACCAACGGUGCAUUUAUUUCAUCACCUAACAAAGGGAUGUCUUCCAACUUUCGCCUCAAAAUAAUCGUCUCCAUUGGUCUGCUAUUUAAGCGAUUGUUUACCGAAUGCAGCUGAACAUCUCUAGUCAUUUCAUGAAGUUACUUUUAUUACAUAAAAUAUAUACUAUUCUAUAAUUUCAUCUGUUAAAUGUAUCUAACGUGC